GCGGCGGAGGCGGAAGAUGGCGGCGGCGAAGCGGAGCGUCCUCUCCUCGUUGGCGGUUUAUGCUGAAGAUUCGGACCCGGAGUCGGACAGCGAGGCCGGGACGGCGGGAAGCGAUGGGGGAGCGGCUACGGGAGAGAAAGGAGGCCUGGUCUCGGUUGGGUACGGAGAUGACGACUUCACCCGCCUGGAUGGGGACGAGGACGGGUAUGAAGAAGAGGAUGAUGAGAACAGCAGGCAGUCAGAAGAUGACGAUUCAGAGACUGAAAAACCUGAGGCUGGUGACCUAAAGGAAUUCUCAGAACUGGAGAAAAGAGACCCUCAGGAGCUAGUUGCUUCUUUUUCAGAGAGAGUGCGGAACAUGUCUCCAGAUGAGAUCAAAAUCCCUCCUGAGCCUCCUGGCAGAUGUUCUAACCACUUGCAGGAUAAAAUUCAAAAACUAUAUGAGAGGAAAAUAAAAGAGGGCAUGGAUAUGAAUUACAUCAUUCAGAGGAAAAAGGAGUUCCGCAACCCCAGCAUCUAUGAAAAGCUGAUCCAGUUUUGUUCCAUUGAUGAACUUGGUACAAAUUAUCCAAAGGACAUGUUUGAUCCUCAUGGCUGGUCAGAGGAUUCAUAUUAUGAGGCGCUAGCUAAAGCUCAGAAGAUUGAAAUGGACAAAUUGGAGAAGGCCAAGAAGGAACGCACAAAGAUUGAAUUUGUGACUGGCACUAAAAAGGGUACAACAACAAGUGCUGCUUCUACAACCACCACAACAGCCAGUACCACUGUGGGAGAUGCCCAGAAGAGAAAGAGCAAGUGGGACUCGGCCAUCCCCGUGACAACGAUAGCUCAGCCCACCAUCCUCACCACUACUGCAACGCUGCCAGGUGUUGUCACAGUGACAACCAGCGCAAGUGGAUCCAAAACUACAGUCAUAUCAGCUGUUGGCACCAUUGUGAAAAAGGCAAAGCAGUGACUGGUGUGCUGGGCCUGGAUUUUCGGACUUAAUUGUCAUUGAAGCCAUUGUUCUUGGAAGGGAGGGGUAGCUUUCGCCUUUGGUAAAAGACUACAAGAUUCUUUGAAACAGACCACAGUUCCCAUUUGAAAGAAUGGGGGCAGGAGCAGGCAUGCCAGCUGUGUGCCCACAGGAAUGGACCUCUGCCGAAAAUGCCUCUGCCUUUUCUUGCUGUGGGAAGAACCAGUCUGUGUGUGUUGUGCUGGAGGAAGGUGGUAUGUGGAGUCAGCUUGAAAAGUUAGCUUAUUAAAUUACUGUGUUAGGUUCUUCUUUCCUACUUGCAAGUCUGGUUUGGGGGGAAAAAAAAGGCAAGUAGUGAAGGAAUAUCAGUAUUACCCUUGUGUAUUCUAGGUCAGGCUCAAAGGCUGCUAGCAGCUUGUGGUCUGUGCCUCCCUCACACAUGUUAACUCUGUUCCAAGGGAAUUAAAGCAGAGGCAGUUGGUCAGUUUCCAUCUUCAAAUGUGUAGCAGAGACUUGAAGCGAUCUACACCUAUGAAUGUAGACUCACUCUUUAUCAUAGUACUGACAUCUGUACCUGUGUGCAUAUCUGUGUAGAUCUUAGUGACCACAUGUUAAAUAGUUGAACUAUUGAGGAAACUGUGCUGAAAUAGUCUUGUUACCGUCUUGCAGGGAUGGAGAUUUCUAUGCAGAACCCAUAAGCUGUAGAGGUUUGAUUUGUGAACUCAUUUGCAAAGACCUGUGCAGGAAACUCUUCCAUUGCUGUGGAAUGAGAUUGGACAGCAGACAAGCAGAGGAGUGUGUCUGAUCUUAAUCGUGAUAUUGUCCAUCUUUUGUACUAGAUAGUGAUGUACUGUGAAAUGCACACAUGGCAGUUACUGCUUGCUCCACUGUUGUGAAAAAGUAUUUUCAGUUGAAAAUUUUAUUGUAUAAAUCUUCUUACCUGUGUAGCAAAAAAUUAUUAUAAAAACGGAAAAGUC